AUGAUAUAUUUAAAUAGUAUAUUAGAUGUUAUAGAUAAUAGUGGUAUUUUAAAAUUUAAAUAUAUAAAUGUAUUAAAUAAAUGUAUUAAACCAAGGUAUGGUGAUAUAAUUAUAGGAAUAGUAUAUAAAGUAUUAAAUAAUAGUGUUUAUAAAAAAUCUGAUAAGUGUAAAGGUAUUUUAGUUCAACAAAAAUUAUUUUUAAAUUUAAAAAAAUAUUAUUCUAUAAAGUUUAAUAAAAAUGCAGUUAUAAUUUUAAAUAAUAAUUUAAUUUCUGUAGGUACUAAAAGUAAUAAUUAUAUAUUAAAAUAUAUAAAGUAUAAAUUAAAUAUUGAUAUAAAAAAAUUAAAAAUAAAUUUUAUUUAA